CUUCCUGUUAGCAGGAGGAUAAAUCCCACAAGUAAGGAUGAAAUCUGUGGACUCGUCAUAUCGUUGAAGAAAUUAAUUUAUCAGCUCACAAUUAACCGUUUCGUAUUGGAAGAUAUUGAAGGGAGAGUUUGAAAAGCUGCAUAGGAGCAGCAUUAGCUGAUGUGGAGAUAGCCCAGAGAGGCGGGCGAGGGGCUGUUUCUCAUGCACGAGCACGGAAACCCUGCUUUACAGAGGGAUUUAUGAAUAUUUAUGAGGAGGCAGGAGAGUGGGAAUGGAUUCGCUGCAGCGGGGGCGGAGCUCCGGAUGUUGCUGAGGUGCAGGGGAAAGUUUGAAAACUGCUGGCUAUUGGGGGACAAUUCUUAUACAACACCUGUCCUAUGCAAGUCUAGGCGUCUACGUUCGCUUGGACUCCUCCUAUUCUUUGGCCUUUCUUCUUUCUACCUGUUUCUAACCCCAGACUCUGUUUAACUCCUCCCUCUGAGGGCUGAACACAAAGUUUCAUUUCCUUGCUCUGACUGUUCCUAGCUCCCGGAGUCUUUCAGCAUUGACAGAUAACACUGUGCUUGUGCACGUGAAGUUACCUGGGAGCCAUCACUGAUUGGCUAAACUGCAAGUCUGUCAAAAGAAGAAAGAAAGGGGCAGUCUGCAGAGGCUUAGAUACAAGAUAAUCACAAAGGGGCAUCAUGAAGAAAGCACUGUCUGGUUUGAAGCACUUGAUAAUGCCGGGGGGUGGAGAGACUGAUCCAGUAUUAAGCUGCAAAAGGGAAGACGCAUCACCAUCAUAUAUGAGUAUAAAUCACAGUGACACAUCCGGUUCCUCUCACUCCUCUGAAUCUGAUUCCCGGGGGAGUGCUGCCUGCCCCUCCUGUCGUGGGACUGGGCGAAUACCAAGAGGUCAGGAGAAGGAGUUGGUAGCUUUGAUUCCGUACAGUGAUCAGCGGCUGAAACCACGAAGAACGAAGCUGUAUGUGUUCCUUGCGGUUAUCAGCUGCCUGCUAAUCUGCUUCAUGGUCAUAUUUUUCCUGUUUCCUCGCUCUAUCUCCAUAAACCACGCAGGUGUAAAUUCAUCCUAUGUAAAGUAUGAUGCAGAUCAUAGGUCUGUAAACCUUCUGACAACUAAUAAACUGAACAUCUCCAAUAAAAACCUUUUUGCCAUUGAGGUAACGCAGUUGAAUAUUGAGUUUUUACAUCUGUCCGUUGUGGUCGGUAACUUCAGUAAAGCAAACUUCAAGAAGAUUGGUCCAUUAGUGAGCGAGCAGGUGUUUUACACAGUGGAGAGCACUAUUCAGGAUGAAAACACGUUUUAUAUCUGUACCUGGUCACAGUUUUCCGUCCACAAUAUUCUUCUUCAUGUACAGGGUACUAUGAAUUGUUCAUAUCUUGGCCACUGGGAGCAAUUAACUUUUGAAGGCUAUGAAUAUUUGGAUUGUAGGAACAAUGCCACUGUCCCUCACUUAGUGCUCAGCAAUCCACCCUGAAAAUGAUUCAAAGGCCGUCAGCGGCUCAGAUUUAUGAAUUACGGAGGAAGAGGUCUUUACUCCUAUCAAGGUGGAAUAAGCAAAACAUUUGUCACGUGUUUUUUUUUUUGUUUGUUUUUUGUAGAGACACAUUGGGAAACAGAAGUUUUGUUGAAAUAGUCACACUCUUUGUUCAAUAUAAGAGGAUGGACAUGUAAGAUUUCUAAAGUGAAUGCAAGGAAGAUGGAAUUAUAUGAACAUUGUUUACUACCUCUGUACCAAAACACUUUUUUAAAGUUGAAGUGGAUAAAGGAAUAAAGGGAAUUCCUGCAAAUCUAAAAAUCUAAAAAAAUGAUGACUAAAGGGCACUUUUAAUUUCUAAUGUCAUAUACGGAUCAAAGUAAAUUAUAAAUAGCCCUGUAUUUUAUUUCUAGGCUAAGAAAAAUUAUAAACUAAAGUAUCAGUAAGUAUGUUUGGGUGGUAGUGAAAGUCAACGGGUAAAUAAAAAAAUUAUAUAUAUA